AUGGAGGUGACGCAUUUUCUCAUCGUGUAUCUUCUCGUCGGCUCGAGCACGCUGCUGGUGGUGCACGCCGAGAAGAACGCCGAAAAGAACGCCGAAGCAGCCGGGGGGGCCACCGAGGCGCCGAUCACCGAGGACCAGCAGAAGAUCUACGAUGAAUGCCGGAAUCCGGAUUACAAGAAAUACGUGAAGUGUUUAAUGAGGCCGAAGAGGCACGGUCAUCACACGAGCCACGGAGACGGGAUGCCGGAAACUGAUCCCGCACACUGUCUGGAAACGUGUCUAAAAAAGUGCGACCAUCACUUGGAUCACGACUGCGAGAAAAAAUGCGGCAAUUGCAUGAAGAGAACCAGGCACAGACAUCAGAUCAUUACGGAAUACGAGACGGAAUGCGAAUCGGGAAACUGCGGCCCAUCCGGUGGCGGCCCGUACGGGCUAAGGACUACCAAUAUAACGACGAACAUCGGCAUUAAUAAUGUUAUUAAUCCUUUCGCAGGCCUUGGUAAUGAUAGUAGAAUCAAUAUUUUUGGAAAUGGUACUGGAUGGGGUGGCUGCUGUCCGCCCGGUGGUCCCUGUCGCCCCGGUAGUCCUCCCUGCCAACCGAGUCCACCAUACCCUGGGCCACCGGUUUACCCUGGGCCACCGGGUUACCCCGGGCUACCGGGUUAUCCGGGGUAUCCUAUACCUGGAGCACCAUCGCUUCCUAUAGUACCUCAAAUAUCGUUAGUGCCGCAAAUUACCUAUGGAAUGGGAUUCGGAGUUGCAGGUGGUUGCGCGUACAAUCAGUGGCUUUGCAUUCAACAAAACGGGGGACCGCAGCUUCCAAGCGUGCAGCCCGACUGCUCUGGAUGUGGCCAUCCUGUCUUGCGCUACAGGUGUGAUGUAAAUUGUUACGCAACUUACGCCAACACAGUAACUACAUCGCCUUGUAAGAGCCCGGAAUGCGUUGGUGGUGAGCGUUUAUUAACUCAUUAAUUAGCUAAUUAAUUAUCGCUAAUUAGUACAAAAUUAAACGCGAUUUCUUCUUUGUCAUAAAUAUUUCUGCUUUUAUUCGCGCGCGCAAACGCAAUAUUAUUAUUUCUUAUUUUAGGUUCCACGUAAAAAUAUCUCGGAUCUAAUAAAGGCGACUGCUAGAGAGAACAGAGAAUAUUUUAUUGAUCGCUCAUACUGUUUAUAUUUAUGCAAUCUAUAGCUCAUGCUAACAGUGGUGGACUUGAUAAGAAAUUGUAGCCAUGAAUUAGUCCUAGAUUUAUCGCAAAACAAUUCCUCGCAUUAUUCGCUGAAAUAAUUAUCUAUAUUCUAUGUAAUGACCAGUUUUUAGCAUUAACUUAUGAAAUAAAGACAACAUUACUUUUCUUGUAUCAAGAAAAAAAAA